GCAGUUGAUCGAGGAAGGCAAUCGGAACUUUGACUACAACCGCCAUCAAGAUAGUGCUACCUUACUGCCUGCCUAGCAAUACUCGUCGACAUGGAUUCUGCACACGCCAACGUUGUCAACGAUCUCAUCGAUAUCUUCUAUACAUGCCUUGGGGAGGAAAGUCCUGACGUUGCUUUCCCACCAUCCCUGCUUGCUAGUCUAGAGGAACCGAGCGGAACGAAGGCUCACAAAGUCUCCUGUGCAUCGACAUGUUCACAAAAAUCUCUGGAAGCUAUUGGAGUCCAUAUCUUUCAUGGCGGGCUCAGUCUCGCCAUUCUCAGUAGCGAUGGUCUUGCCCAGACGGUUCAUAGCAAACAAUUUCUCGUGAAACUCAAAGACGACGAGCGCCUGAUACCAGCCAUCAAAAACGUUUCGCUCAUGCUCUACCAUGGAAACCUAGAUCCGAUACAGCUCUUUUUCACUAUGGUUGGGUUACUCUACGUCAAGAAUGGCUGCGACUUCGUGAUGAAAUGGAUUCGGCGCCUGGUGAAGCCUGCACUGAGAAAUUUGAAUGAAUACGUUAAGGUGCUUCGGUUGCCACGAGAAGUGCCCACCCGAUCGUUACUCGCCAGCUAUACCUACAAAGCACAUCUUGAACUGUUCUGGCUAUCCACCUCCCAUCUCACAUAUCGAAAGCGGCUCUUGCAGAAAGCCCGCCUAUCUGCUACAGCAUCACUUGAACAGAUAGAAGAUGACAUGAAGAACUACCUAACUUCAACAGGCUUUCCAAAGCGGAGACGUCUUUGGUAAUCGAAUUCUGGACCUUGACAGCCUAAAACAACCUAUACUUGUCCUAGAUAUUUUGCACACUAUAAUUUCACUCUGGAUGGCUACUUGAUUCUCAUUAUGAAAUAUGUGUCUUCGCAAAGGCUGCAUUUCAGAUGGUCGCUUUAUUACCCGCUUAAGCAUGUUAUCGGCACUAAAUUCAGUUAUCAAGAAGGUGACAAUGAUCGAUCGAAAGUUCAACUUUGUCCUCAACUACUACUUAAGUACAACGUCGUCCCUCGGACCAGUGCGCCACGUCCCGCCUUGCUCUAUAUACGCCGCAACACACUUGGAAUUAUCCCAUUCGCCUACAUUGAAUAUCUAUCUCGCCAUCACGAUGGUUCGACAAUCUGAUACCUUACCUGAACUGGAUGUGUAUAUCCUUGAUGCGGUUCGCCAUUCGCUGCGCAGCUCGACACUCCCUCC